AACACCUGCUGUAAUCACUUCAACUUCAUAGCUAUAAUUCGCAUUUAAAUAAAAAUGGAGGGUUUUAAAGAUGUAAUUCUGUUAGACUUUUGGGCCAGUAUUUUUGGUAUGAGGGCCAGAAUUGCUCUUGCCGAAAAAGGUGUCAAUUAUGAAUAUCGUGAAGAAAACCUUCCAAACCAAAGCUCAUUGCUCCUUGAGAUGAACCCGGUUCACAAGAAAAUACCGAUUCUCAUCCAUCAUGGCAAACCCGUGUGUGAAUCCAACAUCAUUGUUCAAUAUAUCGAUGAGGCGUGGAACGACAAGUCUCCAUCCUUGUUGCCUUCUGAUCCUUAUCUCCGAGCUCAAGCUAGAUUUUGGGCUGAUUUCAUUGAUAAGAAGAUCUAUGAAGGUGGGAAGAAGAUAUGGACGACAAAAGGAGAUGAUCAACAAGUUGCAAAGAAAGAAUUCGUAGAUUCCUUGAAGGUAUUGGACACACAACUCGGUGAUAAGCUGUAUUUGAUUGGGGAGAGCUUUGGGUAUGCAGACAUCUCAUUGAUACCCUUUAGCUGGUGUUUUUAUGCAUUGGAGAAGAUUGCGAAAAUAGAUUUUGAGAAAGAAUGUCCAAAGCUGGUUUCUUGGGUUAAAAGGUGCAUGGAAAAAGAAAGUGUCGCUAAAACACUCCCUGAUCCUCAAAAGUGUUACGACCUUUUGAUAGAAAUGCAGAAGAAUUAAUUAAACAAGGUCACUAGCUAGUGAUCACUAGCUUGCCUAGCUACUACGCACUACAGAAUUUGUAUCGCCCGAAAUAACUUUUUAAUAUUAAAAAUAUUUUGUUAAUUUCA